UCCAACCCCGUGUAGCCGCUGGAGCGUGAGCUAACUCCGCCCGGUCAACUACUACAACCAAGUGCUGUACUGUAUUUAGCUUAGAUGUGAGCCUAGCUUAGCUCCAAUUGUAACUUUACGUUUCUGGGACACCUGACUCACCAUGUGCGAGCGGCCGAAGAUCCACGCGUUCCUGGGGGCCCCGCCGCCCUCGCCCGACGACGACGGCGGCACGCGGAGGGAGCGCCCCCCGUGCCGGCGACGGCUGGAGCUCACCUGGCGGGAAGGCCGCCUCGUCGCCGCAGCCGAUGAAGAAGAAGAAGGCAUCCAGGAGGACAAACGCUCACAUAAGGAGUCUUCAGCCUCAACAAGUCAUCGAAGCGCAGAGUCGCCGCAACGCUCACAAGACCAGCGAGUGGUCCCCCUUCACCAGGACUCUCAUUUCCCUGCCGAUCGACCGGAAGCGCAGUUGUCCCUCCUGAGCCGGUACCUCUCCACCUGGACUCCGAGCCGAGGCUUAAUCCUCAGAGGCGUCGGAUCGAUUCGCUGCGGCCCCGAGACCCCGCCCAGACACGCGCAAACGUCACCGACUUGCUCAUCCGGCACACCGGAGCUCUUCAGUCCGCCGACCUGUUCUGCUGACGGUUCCGACGAGCUCUUUAGCGCUUUGAGACACUCUUCUGACGUUUCUGGCAAGCUUAACAGUCGGGCGAGCCUCUCUCCCGAAGGUUCAGGCGGGCCCUCUCGUGUGGCCAGGCAGGUGGAGCAAGGAGGUGUAGUCCUGGAGGCCACGGCACACGGCGUGCUGUGCUCGCAGGAGGCAGACGAUCACAUCUCGUGGCCCGGUUCAAAAAGAGCUCGACUCUGCGAGGCCGUCGGCUGCGAUGCAGACGGCCCGGAUGCGGACGCUGGCGAUGUAGACGGCACGGGUGAGGACCGGUAUCGUUCUUCCACAACACUUCUGGUCCAGUGCACUGAAGCGACGACUCGCUAUCGGGUUCUGGUUGCCGUGGUUCAUCCCUGUCAACUGAAGGAAAUCAAGGUGAAACGCGGACCCUCUGCCGGGUCCUUGGUGCCCCUGGCCAGCCUGGUGGUGACGGACCAAUCGGGCGUGGACAUGACGGUGCUGCUGUGGCGACGGGCGGCGUUCUGGGCGGCCGCCGUCGGCGCUGGAGAUGUUGUCUUCAUCACAGGCCUGCAGCCGAGCGAGGACACCUGGAGGGAAGAGAAGAUACUGCAGUCCACCUUCAGCAGCAAACUGCUCAACUUGGGUCAUAUCAGUGCCCCCAGCUGCCCCCCAGGUGGUCAGCAUGUAGCUGCUGGCUCCGUCUCUGCUCUCUGUGACUUCCUUGGAGCGCGGCGCCCCCUGCUCUCGUCCACGCCCCGUCGCCCCCCUCAGGAUCUGAGGCGUCUGCCGUACGCCCCCCUGUGGCAAUGCAGGGUCAACACGCUGGUCCACGCCCUACUGCGUGUCAAACACGCAUACAUCAGCAAGGAGUGGCGAGCGGAGGCGGAGUCUUGCCGCAGGUCCGCUCUGGAGCCUCACGCGGUGGCGAGCGUGGAGGGGACCGGCGGCCAACGGGGGGCGCUGCUGCUGUGGGGUUCAGCUCUGGACUGGCUUCCACGCUUCAGGACUCAUCAAGACGCCGUGUGGGACGUCCGCUUCCUCCUGGUUAGGGAGGGCUCGAACACCGACCUCCCCGAGCUUCACACCACCCCCUGGAGCGCCGCCCGCCGAGCGGACGGCGCCGACCGCCGGCUCAGCGGCUUCCUGCGUCCGAGCGGAAGCGGCGUGGAGAUGGAUGUGGACACGCUGCUGUCACAGCAAUACUCGGGUGAUAAGUUGACCGUGCUCGUGCUCGUGCUCUUCCUGACAAAUGGACAUCUGUACAUUGCAUACGUUUUCGGACCGGUCGCGAGUGACCUAUCCCGGCUGAUUUGGGGCGAGAGGCGGGGAUACGGCCUGGACUGGACUGGUCGCCAGCCGAUCGCAGGGUACAUACAGAGAGACGACAAACUGGUCGUCUGUCAAUGUCGGGCAAGGAAGUCCCGACUUUUGUCUGGUGACGCGCUGCUCAGAGUGCAGGUCCUCACCUUCCGCUUCCAGCCCUCUCACGAUGCGCCGCAGGCGAGCCUGGACCGCGCCUCGCCGCGCUCGGCCAUCCUGGCGGCGCUGAGCGGAGACGUGACGUAUUCGGGCUGUGGCCGGUGCUCUGCCGAGCUCGACGCCGACGGCAAUGGAAUUUACGGUCCGUGCUACCCGUGCCUGCCCGCCAGUGCCGUACGCCGCUACUACAGGCCGGCCGUGCUGACGGUGAGCGGGCAGGGCGCCGUGCGCGUGUGCGUUCAGGUUCCCGCUGUCGCCGUGCAGAAGAUUCUGGACGUGCCGCCCGAUAGGCUGCUGAGGAACGCAGCCGCAGGCUCUGACGUCAAGUACGUCCAGGUGGCGGCAGAGAGGCUCCACGACCUCCUGCGGCUUCCCGGGAAAAGCGUGGUCAUCGCCGUCCGCAGCCUCUUCCUGUGUGACGAGAACAGCGCCCCCGUCAGUCAAGAGUUAACGCUGCUCGACCUGCGCGUUCCCCCCGACACGUGAACACGCCUCAGGUCAGGAAAUCAACAACUUGAUAGUGCGACCACUCGCCACCUGCCAGGUGGGCAUGAAGGUGUGGAUGACUGCCAACGCCCUUCAACUGAACAGUUCAAAAACGGAAGCCCUGCCCGUCGGCGGCCCACACCGGAUGCGCUCAUCCUCCCGUCACAACAUUCACCAACCUUGGUGUCAAAAUGGACUCUCACCUGACCUUUGAGCCCCCACAUCAAACACUUCCGCAAGACUGCCUUCUUUCACCUCAAGGACAUUGCACAACUCCGCCCCACACUCCCAAAACCGGUCCUCGCCUUCGUCUCCCCCGAGCCGGAUUACUGCAACGAGAACAUCCAGCGGCUGCAAUCCCUACAGAACGGCGCUGCCAGGAUCCUGAGGAGUAUGACCACAUCGCACUCGUGCUCAAAUCCCUCCACUGGCUUCCUGUUCAGAAUCCAAGGGGUCCUGCUGGCCCGGCAGUGCCCCCCUUCCUCCAAGAGCCGCUCACGCCCCAUUUCUCCACACGCCGCCUCCGCCCUGGACAGGCUAACCUUCUCCAGGCUUCAAUCGGUGGGCGACCGCACCGCCGCCGUCCUAGUCUGCGGAAUGCUCUCCCUGACCGUCUAAGGCAGACCCGGGCAAUUCUUUUCGACCCGGGCCUUUAUGUUACGAGCAGCGUUGAUGUGCUUCCAGUCGUGGACAUGGACACAGUUGUCACCACCAAAAUGGAUUGGAAAUGAAAAGCAACAAGGUAUGCUUUAACUGCUUUCGUUUCAGGGCAUCGGACGUCCAAAUCACAACAGUUCGUGCUAAUGCCUCCCACUUUGUAAAGGCUAGCUAACCGCAUCGUAGCAUCGCAUACGUUCACGCGCUAAUCCAAACGUAAAUUCCAAGUGGUAUGUCGUACGUAGCGGAGAUGAAGAUGCGCUAGUAGCAUCGUUAGCCGACGACUUUUCCAGGAAGUCUGAGGAAGCGCCCGCUGCAAGGCAAAUUCUGGCAGCUUGUGUUGCUGACGGCGCUUCUUCACAGCACUCGUCAGCUUUUUAACCGGAACGCCGUUGGGUGUCGCAUUGGGGACAGCUUUUCCUUUUAUCAUUUAUCUUGUCAAGCACUUUGUGUGGCUUUUUAAGUUUGCGAGGUGUUGCGUAAAUCGAGGUUCGAUCGAUUGGCCGCUGCGUCGCCGGAGGACGUGACGCAGAUGACGCGUCCGUGCCGCCAUCUUGGCUAACUCGCUAUUGUGCUCCGGAGCGUAUAGCCUGCUUCGCCUUAUCGGCAAAUAAAGGGGGGAACAAAAGGAGUCACAAGCGUUAUGAACGCAACGGGACACAUGCAGGCCAACCGCUUUUCCAAAAGCGUUCCACCCCUAAAGUCAACCCACCACCACGCUACUUUCCUUCCAAUACGGAGAGUCUCGUUUAUAUAUCCUACGGUAACUUUUCGCCGCUCACCGAGAAUCAUGACGGCCUCACGGGCACCGCCGGAUCGAUAUCCGGAAGGAAACGAACGACCGUUUGAGGUCCGCGGACACUUUUCAUUCGCCAGCGAUGUUUCUCCAGCUCAUUCUGUACUUAAGUUCAACGCUCCAGUCUAACGUUCAAGCCCUCUUCCGCAUUUAUGACGUCACCAUACGCCAGACCAUUUGAGCCGCUUUUCGAGGAUUCGACGGAGAGGAUUGUAGCCGCCUGCACCGGCGCAGACGUCCCAUUUUGAAAUACGCUGGCGGUCCACCAGCGGAGCGGGAGACGUAUGCGAGCUCUGAUUUCGGACGCAUUUCCUUCAGAAAAACCCUGUGAAAGCAGUUCAUUCCGAAUCAUCAUCAUUAGCCCAUUUUUCUCUCGGGAAAUCACCCCACUGGCCAGCACGCGGCUACGGGAGGGAACAAGUGCACGAACGAUCGUGCGGGGAUGGGUUCAUUCCGCAGGCAUAUCUAAAUUAGCGGGUCUGUAUCACUAGCGCAUCCUGGAUUUCAUGACGUUAACUCGCGCCACACGGCCAAGUGACAGCGGCACAGAUCGCUCGAGCCGUGCACGCGAGACCGUCGUUGCGCCUCACUUGAAGGAAAUGAAUCAAUAAGCCGCUUUGAUCGGCGGCGAAUGAAGUGGGCGGCGCAAAUUUAGCCCGGCCCUUCGCAGAUUUACGCUAGUCAGGAAAUGUCGAGAUAUGGCUUAAGGCUCUUUUUCGUCAUCUCUUUCGGCCAUAUUUUUGGGGCAGGGCUAAAAACCAGAGCCAUGGGCGUGUACUUUCCAGCAUGAGGCCCUCCACCAAGUGCCCGCCCGUCUUCCAUGCGCUGGCCAUUCAGCAGAAUUGCCACUUCCUCAUUCCUUUUCAUCGGAACCCAUUUACGAUGCCAGCAUAGUGUGCAAUCGGCCAUCAAACGAUGCCCACGACUCAACGGCAUGUCUGCGCUCUGGCUCCACACCCGUCGCAUUGCAGAGCGGCGGCGGACCGGACCGGACCGGACCCGCCGUGGGCACAAAGGCGUUAAGAGUCGUCACCCGCGCGUGUCCUCAAAAGCUGAACCUCGGCGGCCACGACAGCGCGUGCGCCGCGGUCUCGCUACCUAGAUGACUUCCGCCCCCCUCGCAGCUGUCGACUAAUGGCCCGCUGAAUUUCAAUGGAGACAAAGGUGCGGCCGUCCCAGAAUGCCUCUGCGGCCCGUGCCAGCUUCUCUCCCCGCUGAGCGGGAGCCGGAGGUUCCGGGGAGGCGGGAUUUGGGGAGCAUUUAGCGACGUGCUCGCAACGUCUGCAAGCUGAAAAAAUGUCUCAAUUCUUGACCGCUUCCAAGCAUGAUUUCACGUACGUUUGUUUGUUUUUUAAUCCGUUCAAUCAUUGCCUGGCUUGCGAAGUCUUUUCCGGGCCAUGCUGCCCCACAAAUAUUUGUAUUUGUUAAAUAUUAAGUAAUGCUGUGGAAAAAAAGAAAAUCGCAGAAGGAAAAACAAAACUAAGAUCCAAACUUGUUUUGAAUAUUGUUGUUGUCUUUCCUUUUUUUUUUUUACAUGUGAAGGGGAGAAAAAUAAAUUCAAGUGGGAAAUCAGAUUUUGGUGACAAAAAUAAAUGUGUUAUUAUUAGCGAUGUCAACAUGAUUCCUCAAGAAACAGGAAGUUGUCCAACGCAUUUCCUGUUACUGUUGAUGUGGAAACACUUCGACAGGACACUCACUACCUGUGAAAGCUUUGGGCUC